AGUCUUGGCUCUGCCUCAGCUCUGUAGCCUCAAGUUAGGGGAUCCAGUUUCCCUCUUGCUGUCUUUUCACUCCCCCUGGUGCAUGCUGAGGGGCUGGCAGGCCAGGAAGAAGCGGCUGUGGAGGCAAUUAGCGGCUUGUAAUUGUUCCUUGUGGUUGGGAUGGCAGCAUCUGGGCCACGCGAUCCCUUCGUGGGGGAGAUGGGAGCUAGGGAGACUCUGAACCUCCAUUUGCCUGGACCCCGGCUGGCACGGAAAGACGGUGUGACAUGGCAGCAGGACAUCGCCGGCAACUGGAUACGGCGACUCGGAAUGGCAGCUGCUGCACGUUCAGAAACCAGGGGCCCUGAGGCCCAGCUUGCCACCUCACGGGUCCCAAACCCCACCAAAGUCUCCUGGAACCAGCAACAGCUGCAUAAAGAGUUAUUGUUCACACAUCGCAAAGGCUUGAGCCUUCGUUCCAAGCCAGAACUGCUGCAGGUUCUGGAGCUUCGGAGCAGACGCCGGGACAAGACAGAGAACAGUUUGGAGCAGACGCCACUGGAAAAGGAACUUAUGCGCUGGCAACAGAGGCGGGAACAGCGUCAGCAGCAGGAAGCAACAGGUGAAACUGUUGGGAAGCAGCCAGAAUUCAUCCGUGUCCGGGAAAACCUACGAAGGACACACCAAUCACGGGAUGUCCCUCCCCAACGUGCAACCCCUUCACCAAUAUCCAGCCCCUCCCUGCGCUCUCAUUUCAGCAACAGACGCCCCUUGAAGGUCCCAGCCAUGCUUUCCCCUGUGAUCCCUCAGGCUGAAGCUUCACAGCUUCACAGCUCCCUAGAAGCUUCCAACUUCUCCUCAGCCUCCUCUCAAUAUCCUCUUUCCAGCACAUGAUGUUUCCACACUCUACCCAACUCAGCCAGACACACCAUGGCUCUCUCCCAUUCCAGAUCUGGAGAGAGAAUCGAGGACCCGGAACUUCCAGUAUCCAUCAUUUCAAUCCAUCCACUCUCCUUCUAAAAGCUGGAUUAUGCCACUUGAAGAAAGAGGGCAAAUCUGACCUUGGUCCAACU